AUUUAAUUACUCCCACUUUCUUUAUCCCUUAUAAAUACCAAUCUUACCCAAUUCCUCUCUUCAUUCCAUCAAUAAAACCAAAAAUAGAAAGAGAGAAAAAAAUAAUAAUAUUAAAAUUAGAUUAUAUUCCAUAGACACAAGUAUGGGAAACAAGUCUUUUUUUAUUGACCUUAACACAAAUCCCUUAUUGCACAACAUCAAUAGAAGUCCGAUACCGCGUGAGACGUUGGAUGAAGAAUUGAGUAGGAUGAGAGAGGAGAACAAGAAACUAGCAACAACACUAACAAGUUUGUAUGAAAAGUACAAUUCUUUGCAAACUCAUAUAAUUGAGUUGCAACAAAAAUACUCAAAUCAUGAAGAAGACAACUCUAAAUUAUUAUUAUCAAGAAAAAGAAAGGCUGAAGAAGAUUAUUGUGUGAAUAAUUCAUACAUCAAUUUUGAAGAAGCAUCACCAAAGAUGCCAAGAGAAAUCACAACUAAUAUUUCAACUGUUUGUGUUAAAACUAAUCCCUCCGAUCAAACUUCAGUGGUGAAAGAUGGAUAUAAUUGGAGAAAAUAUGGUCAAAAAGUGACAAGAGAUAAUCCUUCUCCAAGAGCCUAUUUUAAGUGUUCAUUUGCACCAUCAUGUCCAGUCAAGAAAAAGGUACAAAGAAGUGUUAAAGAUGCAUCAAUUUUAGUAGCUACAUAUGAAGGGGAACACAAUCAUCCCCAACCACCUCAAGCUGAAAUAACAGUGCCAUUAGUGAAUACAACAGAUCCAACAUUUUUGAACAAAUUCAUGAAAGACAUCAACACAAAUUCAGUGCAACAACAAUAUUUAGUCGAACAAAUGGCGUCUUCGUUGUCGAAGAAUCCUAGUUUUGCAGCUACAGUUGCUACAGCCAUCUCAGGAUUACUUUUUUGAAUUAUAUGAUGAUUUAAUUACCUUUCAAAUGACACAAAAUUACUGUUUGUUGAGAGGAUUAAAUUGUUAUUGUAUUAUAUAUUGGAGUAACAUGUUAGUUUUAGUUUUAGUUAGUUGCUCAUGAAAUUUAGUUAGAUAAUGAAAGUAUUGACCAAACUAAGCCAUUAUUCAUCAAAAUAAUAUGUUUUUUUUAAAUUUUACAAAAGUAGUAUAAAUGUAUUUCACAGUAACGUUUAGGGUAUAUUUUAUUUUUUAAAAGGUGACGAACAAUUUGUGUAUCAUGUUCAACUAAUGGACAUUUUGUAUCAAAUAUAAAUAUCCAUCAAAUUUUAUAAAUUAUCAAUUUAUAUUGAACAUAGUUACUCUUUUUUA